GUGGUCUUAUUUUUGGUUUAAUUAAGCAAUACAAGAAUGCAGUUCAGGGUUUUGGGGCUCUGAAUCAAUGAAACACAGGGUGUGAAACUCUGGGGCCAAACAGAAAGAGAAAGGAAAAUUAAAGAAAUGGGUAUCGAAAUUGGAGGGUCAAUAGAGAAGGUGAAUGGGAAAGAAAUAAGUUAUAAUGAGUUUGUGGAGAGAUAUUUAGCGAAGAACCAACCAGUUGUUUUAACAGGUUUAAUGGAUGAUUGGAGGGCUUGCAAAGAUUGGGUCUUUGAUAGUGGAAAACCCAACUUGAAGUUCUUCUCGACUCACUUUGGCAAUUCCAAAGUUCAGGUUGCUGAUUGUGGUACUAGAGAAUUUACGGAUCAGAAGAGAGUAGAAAUGACUGUUUCUGAGUUUAUUGACCAUUGGAUUGAUGCCAAAGAGUGUGGUGGGGCAUCAAAUUCAUUUCAAGAGGGUAAUGACAAGUUAGUGCUAUAUUUAAAGGACUGGCAUUUUGUAACGGAGUACCCAGAAUAUGUAGCAUACAGAACUCCUCUGUUUUUUUGCGAUGAUUGGCUCAAUCUGUAUCUCGACCAUUAUCGCAUGCAUAAUGAUUCUGAUACUUGUCAAGAGAAUGAUGGAAUAAGUUGCUCUGAUUAUCGGUUUGUUUAUAUGGGAGCAAAAGGAUCCUGGACUCCUCUUCAUGCUGAUGUUUUCAGGUCAUAUAGUUGGUCAGCAAAUGUGUGUGGGAAGAAGAAAUGGCUUUUUCUACCUCCUUCUCAAUGUCAUCUUGUUUUUGACAGGGGCUUUAAAAGCUGUGUUUAUAAUAUUUUUGAUGAUGUUAGUGAAACGAACUUUCCAGGUUUUAAGAAAGCUAUCUGGCUGGAGUGCUCUCAAGAACAGAAUGAAAUUAUCUUUGUACCUAGUGGAUGGUAUCAUCAAGUUCAUAAUAUGGAAGAUACAAUAUCAAUAAAUCACAACUGGUUCAAUGCGUAUAAUCUUUCAUGGGUGUUGGAUUUGCUUUCGAGAGACUACAAGGAAGCUAAGGAGUACAUAGAAGACAUCCGUGAUAUCUGUGAUGAUUUUGAAGGUCUAUGCCAACGCAAUCUUGCUGCUAACACAGGAAUGAAUUUUUCUGAUUUUUUUAUCUUCCUAUCUCGCUUCUUCUCGGCCAAUAUCCUCCAACUCUACUGUCAACUUAGAGAAGAAGGAAUUUCAGUCUGGGGUUCGUCUAAAAUGGCUAAGCAUUUAGUUUUUAAUUUAGCAUCUAUACGGAGGAUUGCAUUGAAAUUGACAAGCAUGGAUGUUGUAGCUGGAAAUCAUGGCUUCUUCUUGGAUCUGAUGGAAACGUUAGAUGAUCCCAAUUUUCUUAAACUGUUCAUUGAUGUGGGCAGAGCAUAUGGGAAAAUACACGAGCAACAGAAUUGUAGUUGUGAUACAAAGAAAGCUUGGAUGGUUGAGUUUUUAGACUACAGCUCUCAUAUACGCAAUCCUGAAGAUUUUGUUAAGUUCAUUGACUACUCUGUAACAAAACUCGGUGCUACUUUCUGUGAGGAAAAUCUUUUGUUGUCUGGAUUGAACAACUGGCCGCUCUUUGAAGAUCAAUGAUCAGGCCUGACAAUUUUCUCCUCUGGGCUAACUAUUGGCGCUUAAAGACCUAUUGAGAGAGGUCCAUAUUGACCUUAUGCUGCAUGCCAAUAUGAAAGACCAGUAGGAAGUGGAAAUUCUUGCUUGCAAAAUUAGGAGAUGAAGACGAGAUCAUGAUAGCCCAAUUUGUAAACGAAGAACUGGGAUGAAUAUACGUAUCUUGAUACAAUGUAGCUAAAGACGGGGAACUCAAAAGCCAAAGCUGGUUAUCACUCACGGUCAUCAAUACUUGGAUGUCAGGGGAAAUAUUCGUUCUUUUUCAGUUUUACUUCUUUGCAUCCCUGUAAUAUAUACGUUUUUGUAAUGUUUAACCUCCCAAGACCACAGCUAGAAUUAAUCAAAGUUUGCUGUAGUACGUCUUAGUGGGAAGCAGAAAGUGAAAGAACUCGAUGUUUUUCUCUUUA